UUAAACCUGAAAAAGUUCAAUGUAAUUUAGUUCAAAUAAAUAAUCAAUUGCAAAAAUUUUGGGAGUUAGAAGAAUUGACUGACUUACCAAAUAUCAUGUCGAAUGAUGAUCGUUAUUGUGAGAAGUUAUUUACAGAGACUACUAAACGUGACGAGUUUGGUAGAUUUUUCGUUCGUAUUCCUUUAAAGGAGUCACCCGAAUUGUUAGGGGACUCGUACACUAUGGCAAAAAAUCGUUUUUUAUGCCUGGAAAGAAAGUUAGAUCGUUUACCUAACUAUAAAAAGCUUUAUUUUGAAUUUAUGCGGGAAUAUGAGGCACUCGGUCAUAUGACUCCAGUUGCAUCAAAGGAUAUCCCGGAUAUACUAAGUAAACCGCAUUAUAUCUUGCCUCAUCAUGGUGUUUACCGAGAGGAUAGUGUCACUACUAAAUUGCGUGUUGUGUUCGACGCGAGCGCGAAUACGUCUAAUAAUAAAUCAUUAAAUAAUAUACAACAUGUAGGUCCACCGUUACAAAAUGAUAUUUUGUCUAUAUUACUUAGAUUUAGGCAGUAUAAAUAUGUGGUGUGUAGCGACAUCCAGAAGAUGUACAGACAGAUAUUUGUUGAACAGGAUCAACGUGUCCUGCAAUUAAUAUUAUGGCGGGAAGGUCGAGAUUUACCUUUGCAAUUGUAUAAGUUGAACACAGUUACGUAUGGUACUGCGUCGGCUCCUUUUCUAAGUAUGCGUUGCUUACAACAAUUGGCUUUAGAAUGUGAUGAUGAUUUAGUAGCCAGGACUAUUAAGGAUAAUUUUUACGUAGAUGACCUUUUUACAGGAUCCGACGACCUUGACUCGUUAUUACAGUUGUGUAAUAAAAUAUCUGCAACUUUAAAAAAGGGUUGUUUCCCGUUACAUAAAUGGACUUUUAGUCAUGACGUUUCUGCUGAUAAGUGUAAAGACCUAAAUGUCGGUGAACAUCGCUUGUCAAAAACGUUAGGGUUAGGUUGGUGUACAAAAAAUGAUGAAUUUUAUUUUACAACUAAAAUCACACAUAAUGAUACAGUAGUUACAAAGCGUGUAAUAUUAUCGACAAUUUCACAAGUAUAUGAUCCUUUAGGUUUACUCGCGCCUGCGGUAAUAACAGCUAAAUUAUUGUUACAAAAGCUAUGGUUACAUAAACUAGAUUGGGAUGACGAAGUUCCUAAAAAUAUUACGAAUGCAUGGCAAGGCUUUCUUUCAGAUUUAAAAUAUUUACGCGAUAUUAAAAUACCUCGUUACGUGGUUCGCGGUAAUUAUAUAGAACUUCAUAUUUUUACCGACGCGUCGCAAAGUGCCUACGGUGCGUGCGCGUACGUUAGAUCGUGCCACAAUGAUUGUGAAACUACUGUACCUAUUUCUGUGCAUUUGUUGUGCGCUAAAAGUAAGUUGGCGCCGAUAAAGACUGUUAGUAUUCCCAGGUUAGAGCUAUGCGGAGCUUUAAUAGGUGCGAAAUUGUAUUGUAAAAUAAAAAAGUCUUUAUGUUUAAAUUUUAAUAAGGUUUAUUUUUGGACUGACUCAACAAUCGUGCUGGGGUGGCUUCGUAUGUCACCUCAUCUACUAAAAACGUUUGUACAAAAUAGAGUCGUCGAAAUUAAUGAAUUGACCGGUGAUACCAUCUGGCGGCAUGUUAAGGGCACGGAAAAUUCAGCUGAUAUCAUAACGAGAGGUUCUACAUUAGACACAUUAAAGUAUGAUAAUAAUAAUAACUGGUGGUGUGGCUCUACGUUUUUACGAGAACCUGUGGCUAAGUGGCCAAUUUUUAAUACUAAUAUUGAAUCGUUAUCUAUUGAUUUACCCGAAACUAAGCCUGAUACAAUUAAUUUACAUUCCAUUCAAAUUACUUCAUUGAUUGAUUUUGAACGAUUUUCGUCAUUUAUUCGUUUGCAAAGAAGUUGUGCAUAUUUAUUGCGUUUUAUAAAUAACGCGCGAGUAAAUACGCGCGGCAGUAUAGGUUCGCGUUUAACCGGUCCGUUAUCAGUAGACGAGCUGCAGCGGUCGCUCGAUGCAUUGACGCGGCUCGUUCAACAAGAAUGUUUUAGUGAGCAAUAUCAUGAGUUAAAAAAUAAAAUACCGUUGAAUAGUAAUAAAAAUAACAAUAAAACUAAUAAAUUAUUAUAUAAACAAAUAUCAGGCUUAAAUAUAUUUUUAGAUAAGUUUAAUAUAAUUCGUAUAGGUGGAAGGUUAUCUAACGCGGUUGGAUUUAAUUAUGAAAAGAAACACCCGGUAUUGUUAAGUAAUAAACAUCGUUUCUCGAGGUUAUUGUGUGAAUAUGAACACAAACGACUCCUUCACGCUGGACCUCAACUUUUAGUGUAUUCUAUGCGUGAAAAGUGGUGGAUUUUAGGAGCUCGUAAUUUGGCUAGACAGGUAGUACAUAACUGUGUCAUAUGUAAACGAAUGAAAGGGAGAACGUUGACUCCUCUCAUGGGUAACUUACCUACUGAGCGACUGGAGCCCAGCUUCCCAUUCAUACAGUGUGGAGUUGACUAUGGGGGCCCAUUGUUCAUACUGGAUCGUAAAGGCAGAGGUGCUAAAUUAAUUAAAGCAUAUAUUUGUCUAUUUAUAUGUUUUACGACUAGAGCAAUACAUUUAGAAUUAGUAGGUAGCUUGAGCACGCAGGAUUAUAUUUUAGCAUUAAAUCGUUUUAUAGCACGACGCGGAAAGCCGUACCAAAUAUUUUCAGACAACGGGAAAAAUUUUGUGGGUGCUGAAAAAGAAUUGGCAGCAAUUUUUAAUAAAACUAAAGAUAUUUCUGAUUUUCUAACUAAUAACCAAAUUCGUUUAACAUUCAUACCCCCCUAUAGUCCUCAUUUUGGUGGGUUAUGGGAGGCAGGAGUCAAGUCCUGCAAGUACCAUUUGAGACGCGUACUCGAUUCUGACGAUUUCCUCCCACUCACUCCAGCACACUUCCUGAUCGGUCGACCGCUGACUGCGCCUGCCUGCGAGAACCUCACGACGAUCGAGCCUACGAGACUGGGACGCUACGAACGUGUGGAGCAAAUUAGACAACACUUUUGGCAACGAUGGUCUAAAGAAUAUGUUUCAGAGCUCCAGCAACGAACAAAAUGGAAGGAAAACAAUGAGGACAUCACACCUAAUAUCUUGGUCCUUAUCAAAGAGGAUAAUACUCCACCACUCAACUGGAAAUUGGGACGAGUAACAGAAGUAUUCCCCGGGACUGAUGGAGUAUCCCGUGUAGCUGAAAUACGUACAGCGCACGGUAUUAUACGACGGUCUUUCUCGAAGAUCUGCCCGCUGCCUGUACAACUGUGAAGACGAAUAUGUUGGAAGAUCCUGGUUCUUCCAAGGCGGCCGGUAUGUUCAAUAAUAUAUCAUCCGAUGGUCGAUAACGCCAUCUAGCGAAAGAGUGGCGUAACGGAAGCAGUGACGUGAACCCCGCGCAGUUUGCAGCAGCGUGACGUCGACACCCGCAUCGCCGCGCCGCAUCUGGGGCAACUUCACU